AUCAACCCUUCGAAUAGUCGGCAGCCCUACCUGAAUCACAAAAAAAAACGUAAACAGACAAAGAAAUAUCAAUGUCGAAUUCUUCGAAAGGUAAUCCUUUAAGUGAGGCGUCUGCUCCGUCUUACAAACACUCCAGUGCCGCGGACUCUGUUGCGAUGCGCGCCCCACCUCCCACGUAUGAGGAGAGUCAGCGGAAUAGUGGUGGAGGCUUUGGGCAUCAGGCAUCCUACACUGCGGCACCAGGACAAAAUCAGUAUUACGGCAUGAUUAGUCAUAAUCAGCAGGGACCGGGGCCAUUUAGUGCACAGCAAAGCCAUGGGAUGCCCGUUCAUCACGGCACUGGCUAUGGUCUGGCUGGGCCGAGCACAUCGGCUGGAGCCGCGGCCGCACACGUUCUUCAGUUGGAUUCCCGAGCUGAGGUCAGGACCACUCCUUCGGGCUCUGUAGUUAUUCCGCCGCCACCGCCUGGAUGCCUGCCCACACCGGCACAGUGGGCGGCCAUGCAGGGCCAGGCGGUGGUCUUGAAGCAAAAGAAGCGUUCCUUUUUCUGAUUAUGCAAAAACUAUACAUACGAAUGUAAUCUGAUGUUAAUCCUAAAUGUUACUUAAUAAACGAAGCGUAUUUCUUUU